AUGUCCAGUAGAACAAGGUCGCUAAUAAAUUUGUUACACAACUGUAAUUUUUUAUUAAAAUUAUAUUUGCAUCAUAAUAACAUUGAGGAGCUUCUAAAUUCUACCUCAAAUUCAUGUUACAUUUGCAACAAAUGCUGGAAAGCAAUUUUAACUUUUCACAAAUUUUACUUAAAAGUUGAAUCAGUACAUUCUUUACCGAAUAAUGUUGUAGUAAAGGUGGAAAACGAUCCCCUUGAUGCACAUGUUGAAGAAUCAAAUGCACAAAUUAAAAAUGAAGAAAAUAACAUUCUUAAUAUAACAAAUAUUGUGGACAGCAGUAAUAUGGACAUUAUAUGUGCAGAGCCCUUAAACAUACAAAAUUCUUCAUUGUUGGAACUCAACAGUUUCAAAUAUGAUGAAAGUAUAGAGAAUGACCCUCCAUCAGUGCCUCAAGAGUUAGAAAAAGUAACAUAUGUAAAGAAAAAGUUAACUCUUACUUCUAGUCUUAAAGUAAAUAUGAAAAAAAAUCGUACCUACUCUAAAAAGGAAAGGCGAAUUUUGAGAAGUAAUAGAAAAAUGGACAUUAAAAUUAAAGAAAAGGAAAAACAAGAAAUUGAUGUCGAACAAGAAAUUACUGCAGAAUCUCUUCAAAUUUUGCCAGAAACUAUAUCUUGCAGUGAAAGCUCCUCACAAUCAAAUAUAAGUUCCAAAUUAAGUUCUAAAACGACAAUAAGAGAUAAGGUGGAUGAGUUUAUAGUAUCUAAUAUGAACUUGUGUUGUAGUUUUUGUAACGUUGAAUUGCAAAGUUUUGCUCAAUUAAAAUUCCAUUAUCGUACAGAACAUAAAUCCCGAGGAUUUGCAACAUGCUGUGGAAAACAAUUUCUAAAACGUUGCUUACUUGUUGAUCAUAUUAAUGUCCACAUUAAUCCUCAACAUUUUAAAUGUAAACAUUGCGGUAAAAUCUUUUCAAGCAGACGUUCGUUGGAAUCACACAUAAAGCUGCACGAAAGAGGUCGAGAACGAAUAUAUGAGUGUAAAGAAUGCCACAAAAGCUAUUUUAGUCAUCCAGUUUAUAUGCGUCAUUUAACUCUGCAUGUUCCUGAGGAAUUAAGAAACAUUAAUUGUCCGCAGUGCAAAAAAUCAUUUGCUACUGAAUAUAUGAUGACACAACAUUUAAACAACGUACAUUUAAAUCUUCACACAAAAAUGUGCGAACUUUGUGGUAAAUCUAUAAGAGGUAACGAAGCACUGCGACAGCAUAUGGAGACGCAUAGUGGAAAAACAGCGCCAAUACAAUGUAAUGAGUGCGGUAUGACAUUAACAACAAAAUAUGGUUUAAUAAGACAUAAAAAAGUAAUGCAUUCUGAAGAAAAUCAAAUUCCAAAAACUUGUGAAAUUUGUUCUAAGGUUUCUCCAAGCGUGUUCGCUCAUGAACGUCAUAUGAGAUAUAUGCAUAAAACUGAGCGUAAAUUUGCAUGUACCUUAUGUGAUAAAGCUUUUAAGACAUCUUUUACUUUAAGGGAACAUAUGACAACACACAUUGGCGGAGCAUUGUAUACAUGUACGCAUUGUACGAAAACAUUUAAUUCCAAAGCUAACAUGUAUGCACAUCGAAAAAAAAUUCAUCGUAACGAAUGGGAAAAAAUGAAUUCAGAAAAAUGUAUAUCUAAAAGUACAAGUACAGUACCAUUAUUAACAGAUAUUAAAGCUGAAAAUAUAUCUUAAAGAGUACUACUUUAAAUUAA